AUGGGGCAGAACGACCUGAUGAGCACCGCUGAGGAUUUUGCAGACCAGUUCUUGCGGGUGACAAAACAGUACCUCCCCCAUGUGGCCCGGCUUUGCCUGAUCAGCACGUUCCUCGAAGAUGGCAUUCGCAUGUGGUUCCAGUGGAGUGAGCAGAGGGACUACAUUGAUGCCACAUGGAACUGCGGCUAUAUCCUGGCCUCCAUCUUCGUGUUCAUAAAUCUCUUUGGACAGUUAAGCAGCUGCAUCCUGGUGCUGAGCAGGAACUUUGUUCAGUAUGCCUGUUUUGGAUUGUUCGGAAUUAUAGCUUUACAGACAAUUGCCUACAGCAUUCUAUGGGACCUGAAGUUUUUGAUGAGAAACCUCGCUCUCGGGGGUGGACUGCUGCUGCUCUUGGCUGAGUCCCGGUCGGAGGGGAAGAGCAUGUUUGCUGGUGUGCCCACCAUGCGGGAAAGCUCCCCGAAGCAGUACAUGCAGCUGGGCGGGCGCGUGCUGCUAGUCCUCAUGUUCAUGACGCUGCUGCAUUUUGAUGCUAGUUUCUUUUCAAUUCUGCAAAACAUUGUGGGCACAGCCUUGAUCAUCCUCGUGGCUGUUGGCUUCAAGACCAAACUAGCCGCCUUGACCUUGGUCAUCUGGCUCUUCGUCAUCAAUGUCUACUUUAACGCCUUCUGGACCAUCCCUGCCUAUAAGCCCAUGCACGACUUCCUCAAGUAUGACUUCUUCCAGACCAUGUCAGUCAUCGGAGGCCUCCUCCUGGUGGUGGCGCUCGGCCCUGGGGGUGUCUCGAUGGAUGAGAAGAAAAAGGAAUGGUAGAACGGGAGAGAAACCACCGCCCC